AGUGGGCGAGGCAGAGGGACUGUGGGAUGGAUUUCCAGAGGGUAGCGGUUUUCUCAACCCUCUCCUCGUGUCAACCGACCACACUGAGAACACGAUCUGGCUUUAUUUUCUUGCGAGUCUCACCUGUCAGGGCCUCUGCAACUCUUCUUGCGAAAUGAUUCUUUCGUUUCCGUGCCUUCCCUCUCUGCCUUCUUUUAAAUGGAGAGAGAGGAACAGACAGAGGCGGGCAGUUAAAUCAGAGACAGACGGUUGGGGGGGUGGGGGAGGGGCGGCCAGAGGGAGAGAAACAGGCAGACAGAUGGGGAGAGUGACAGAAACAGGCAGACAGGUAAAUGGGGGAGGAUGGGUGCCUGGGAGGAGAGAGAAAGGGAGGAACAGACUGAAACAAACUGACAGAUGGGAGGGAGUGACAGAAAGAGACAGACGGCUGAGUGAGUGGGAGACACGGUUGGAGAGGGAGAGAAAGGAUGCUUGUCUCUGUAUCUCGAGAGGGAGGAUGCAAAGCAUGAUUAGUCCAAUGUGAGCGGCAUUCAGGGAUUCACAGAGGGAGGGGGUGGACACAGGAACAGGAACUUGAAAGGCACAUCCCGAGAGACACAAGCCGGGCACGGUGUUCCAGAACAACCGGCAGCAGCAGCCAGGUGGACAGUGCAGAGAGGCCUGUGUGGCUAACGGUCCUGGAAUUAUCAGACAAUUCACCAAGGGCGCAGGAGGCUGGCAGUACGUCUAAAAAUAACCCCACUCCGAGCUCGUGUUACGCUGAGGGCAGGAGUGACUGGGUUGAUUCUGAAAUCCUGCCAGUCGCUAUUUUGGGGAAAGGAUGACUUCUGGAAACCCCUUGAGGGGUCUUACAGUAACUCAGAGAGUGGCGCUCGCUAUCGGGGUCUCAGCAAGUGCUGUCGCAAUCUAUGUACUGUACAAGAAGUACUGGGAGAGCCGAGAUGAGGAGUGCCUGCUCGUUGGGGAGGAUCCAAUCUCGAUGGACAUGCGAGUCCCUCGCGAGGUCAUCAAGGCCAUUAUCGGACGCCAGGGCUCCACCAUCAAACAGCUCAGACGGGAUACGGGGGCUCGGAUCGAGGUGGACGACGUCGAAGAUGUGGAGGAUGCGAUGAGGCCUGAGCGGAUCGUGACCAUCACCGGCACUCCGGUGCAGGUGUGCCGGGCCGGGGUGGCCAUUCACCAGCUGCUGGCCACCAAAGUCCAGGUCACCGAGGAGCUGUUCGUCCCCCAGGCAGCCGUGGGCCGUAUCAUAGGCCGCGGCGGGGAGAAUAUCCGCACUAUCAGCCGCAACUCGGGAGCCAAGAUCCUGUGCGAGAGAGAACGGGCGGAGCCCAACCUGGACGCCAGGAGACUGAUCAAAAUCACGGGCACCCAGGAAGAGGUCGCCACAGCAAAGGCCCUGAUUCUGGACACGGUGAAGGAGGAGGAGCAGUUUCGGCUGAAGCUGGCCAGCUCAGCGGCCACCCGCCGCCAUCGCAAGCACCCGGUCUGCAAAAGGCUCUCGCCUGACGGCAACAGCGAGGGGCCAGAGUGCCUGAGCGGGCACGGGGCACUGCCCGUCAACACCGAUGCCAACCCGGAUCACGCCUGCACCAGUGACUCCAGCCAGGUGGCAAAAUUCGAGAUCCCGAGCCCGGACUUUGGCUUCUUGGUUGACGAGUAUCUGGAGGUUUACGUGUCAGCUUCUGAGAACCCGAACCGCUUCUGGAUUCAGAUCCUGGGCACCAGGUGUUUGCAGCUGGACAACCUGACGGACGAGAUGAUGCGUUAUUACAGUGGCUGCAAACAUGAGGAGCGGGUGUCUGCCAGGGUGGGCGAUAUCGUGGCUGCUCCCUUUCAGGACGACGGCUGCUGGUAUCGUGCCCGCGUCCUCGACUUCCUGCCAAACGGCAGCGCCGACCUCUACUACGUGGACUACGGAGACAACGGGGAGGUGCCAGUCAACAGGCUGCAGGCCCUGAGGAGCGAUUUCCUGAGCCUCCCGUUUCAGGCCAUCGAGUGUAGCCUCGACCGAGUGCAACCCAUUGGACGCCGAUGGACAGAGGAGGCGCUGAACGAAUUUGAUCGCCUGACGCAUUGCGCUCACUGGAAGAUCCUUCUGGCAAAGAUCUGCAGCUACGAGGAGAGCGGCGGAAUCACCCGGCCACACAUUCAGCUGUUUGACAAGAGCAGCGAGAAGCAGACUGUGGACAUUGCCGAGGAGUUAAUCUGCCUGGGACAUGCCAUGCGCUGUGCCCGCAUUGGCUCCCUCCUGAACCCAGACACCCUGAACCCCACCACAACCCUGAUGAAUGCAUUGCGACAAAAUGAUGUCCGCAGAGACUCAUCAUCUGAAACGUGUUCAACGGGAAGCGCAGAGAACAAUCCCUCUACAUCCAUGCACGCUGCCUCUGAUCUGCGGAGCUUCAGGUCUGGUGAUGGGCCGAGGAGGCUGACAAGGGACGUCAACACCACAUACAAGCUUCUCCAGAGCACCGUGCCUGAGCCGGAAGACAGUUCCAGCCACGACCCAGUUCGGUUCUUAUUCGAUAUCACUGUCCUGGGACAGACUUCUGUGUCUGACAGUUUCCCGAGCCAGUCGUGUGGCUCCGUGUCUGCCCUCGCGGCCUGUGACCAGACGUCUGCGUCAGACAGCGUCUUUGGCUAUUUGGCUGUUUCCUCUGGGCACAAAGGGGGGGAGGAGGAAGAGGAGGAGGCCGAGGCUCUGACGAGCGCUGGCACACGUAGCCCGCCGCUCAGCGGGGACGGCGAUCGGAGCAGCAGCCGUUCAGAGGGCUCCAUUCCCUGCAGUGGCGGGGUGCAUCCAAUGCAGGAUGAUUGCAUGUGACGGGCGUGACGUGGUGGCUGAACAGCCUUCACUGACAGGCAGCCAGCCCAAGGGUUCAACUCUCCACGGAAAGUGGCUUGAAUGUAAAUUUUGCAUCAACGGAAGGAACGGUGUUAAGCGUUCGUUUAUUUUUUUUUCUCUUCUUCUUGCAAUUAAAAGCCUUCGAUUCGGAUUUUUGGCCUCGGGCGCGCGGAGGAAGGGGGG